AUGCCAAUACACAAAGGACUCAUUCCACGCGAAGGCUUCUGCGCCGACGUUUUGAUGAGAAUCAUUCGACAAACGGCACUCAAUCCAGCUCUUCUGCUUCCUCUCGUGUUAUUCGCUCGCCUUACCAAGAAGGGCCAAGACCUCUCGAUCCUCCAUCCGAGCGCCUUCUCUCACCUAAAGACACUCCUAUACUUUGGACUUGCACGAUGGGUCAGUGGCUGGUGGUCCGAUAAGACAAGAAACAACUGGGUCGACGACAAAUAUGACUGGGGUCGCGAGAUCGUCCUUGUAACGGGCGGUGCUGGAGGUAUUGGCGGCCAAAUCGUCAAGUUGUUUGAGGAAAUGAAUGUCAAGGUGGUUGUCCUAGAUGUUCAGCCUAUGUCCUUCGAAGUUGCGGCCAAUGUGCACCACUUCCAAUGCGAUCUUCGAUCACCUGAAAACGUCGAGGCCGUCGCCGAAAAGAUCAGAGAUCAAGUCGGACACCCGACCGUCGUCAUCAACGUUGCUGGAGUAGCCAGGGGCAAAACCAUCUUUGAGUCUCAGCCAAGUGACAUCCGCUUCACAUUUGAUGUCAACACAUUUGCGCCGUUCUGGACGACCAAGACGUUCGUCCCUAACAUGGUUGCCAACAACCACGGAAUGGUCGUGACCUUGACGUCGUAUGCGAGUUGGUUGACGAUCCCCAAUCUUGUUGAUUAUGGUGCUUCGAAGGCAGCUGCUCUGGCUUUCCACGAAGGCCUGACUGCUGAGCUUACUACAAGAUACAAUGCGCCCAAAGUUAGGACAGUAGUCGUCCACCCCGGUGCCACCAACACCGCACUCUUCAAGGGCUACUACCAGAACACUGACUUCUUCAUGCCACCACUUGCACCUGAAUCGGUGGCUGACGCAGUAGUCAAGCAAAUUCUUUCAGGGCGCAGUGGACAUGUCAUAAUUCCUGGGACAGGUUCCAUAUUGCCUGCUCUGCGCAUGUUGCCGGAUUGGUAUACUAUUCCCACGCGAGCCAAGGCACAGUCAUAUAUGCAGAACUUCAGCGGUCGUCAAGUUAUUGAAGAUGUGGAUGUCACUUAUGAGGGUGAUAGCAAUGGCAAGCAGGCCAAUGGUAACGUGGAUGAGAGUACGGUUCUGGUCUCUGGUAACUAA